AUACGUUAAAAUAGUGGAUUUAUAAGGAGGCUUUGAUAAAAUGUAUGCAGAAUAUAUAGCUACAGCCUGCAUUGCAUUGACAUUGAGGUCUGUUAUAUCAAUGAACUCGUUCUCUGGACAAAAUACACCUCCGAUGUUUGGUGACUACGAAGCCCAACGCCAUUGGCAAGAAGUUACGGUUAAUGUGGAUAUUAAAGAGUGGUACUCGAAUAGUACUAAUAACGACUUACUCUAUUGGGGCUUAGACUAUCCCCCAUUGACUGCAUACCACAGCUAUGUUUUAGGACAAGUUGCGCAAAUGAUUGAUCAACGCUAUGUGGCAUUAAAAACGAGUAGAGGGAUAGCAACGCAGCAACAUAAGAGCUUUAUGCGACUGACAGUAAUAGCAGCUGAUGCUUCAGUUUAUAUACCAGCAAUGUUUGUAUUGUGUCUUGGCAUCGAUUUCGCAUUUAAGGGCAAUCGAAAACUGGCUCAGUUUAUUAUAAUUGCCCUUUAUCCUGGCCAAAUACUAAUUGACAAUGGUCAUUUUCAGUACAACAAUGUAUCACUUGGCUUGGCUGCAGCAGCUAUAGCUGCAGUGCUCUAUAAUAAAAAUUAUGUUGCUGCGUUCGCGUUUACCUUGGCUCUAAACUAUAAACAAAUGGAAUUGUACCACGCAUUGCCAUUCUUUAGUUAUCUCCUAAGUGCGUCAAUCUCGCAGGAAAGAUUUCGGUCUUUUGCAAUUGAGCUGAUGACCACCGCGAUCAUUGUAAUAACAGUAUUCGUCCUUCUAUGGUAUCCUUGGUUAAAGUCAAGUAAUGCAGCUCUUGGCGUUUUAAAACGACUUUUUCCGAUAAGCCGUGGAGUGUUUGAAGAUAAAGUAGCGAGUGUCUGGUGUGUCAUUAAUGUUAUUUAUAAAAUAAAGUUCACGAAAAGACAAUUUUGCUGAUUGCAUUGCCUUCAAUGUGCCUUUUUAACUU